UCUCCCUGCGCCGUAGCUUUACAAUCUCAGAAAUUUGCAAGAUUUCUAUUGCGUUCGAACCCCACACGCACAGCUGCAGGACACACGUGUGAGCAAUGGCUUCUGACAGGCUGCUAUUUCACGAGAUGGGUUUGGAUGAUCGCCUGCUGAAGGCACUGGCGGACUUGGGUUGGGCGCAGCCCACCUUGAUACAGGAGAAAGCAAUCCCUCUUGCAUUGGAUGGAAAGGAUUUAUUGGCCCGGGCUCGGACCGGCUCCGGGAAAACCGCUGCCUACGCAGUGCCAAUCAUCCAGCGCAUCCUUACCUCCAAACAGACGGUGCGCGAGCAGGCGGUGAGGGCGCUGAUCCUCGUGCCCACCAAAGAGUUGGGCCAGCAGGUCCAGGCCAUGGUGCGCCAGUUGACUGCUUUCUGCGCCAGGGACGUGAGGGUGGCCGACAUCUCCGGGAAAGCCGAUGUCUCCGCACAGAGGCCCAUCCUAAUGGAGAAGCCAGACAUAGUGGUGGGCACGCCCUCCAGGGUUCUGGCCCACCUCAGUGCCCAGAAUAUGAACCUGCAGUCCUCGCUGGAGAUGCUGGUCAUCGAUGAGGCCGACCUGAUCUUCUCCUUUGGCUUUGAGAGUGACCUCAAGAGCCUGUUAUGCCACUUGCCUAAGAUCUACCAGGCCUUCCUGAUGUCUGCGACUCUGAACGAGGACGUCCAGUCCCUGAAGGAGCUGGUGCUGCACAACCCUGUGACCCUGAAGCUGCAGGGCUCCCAGCUUCCGGACAGCACCCAGCUGCAGCAGUACAGCGUGCAGUGCGAGGAGGAGGAUAAGUUCCUGCUGAUCUACACGCUGCUGAAGCUGGGCCUGGUCCGGGGGAAGACCCUGCUGUUCGUCAGCGCCGUGGAGCGAUGUUACCGCCUCAAACUCUUCCUGGAGCAGUUCAGCAUCCCGGCCUGCGUGCUUAACUCCGAGCUGCCUGUGCACUCCAGGUGCCACAUCAUCACUCAGUUCAACCAGGGCUUCUACAACUACAUCAUCGCCACUGACGAGCAGAGCCUGGCCAAUCCCAGCGCGCCGCCGAAGGGGGACGAGGGCACGGGCAAGAAGAAGAGGAAGAAGAAGAAGAAGAAUGCCGGGAACGGAGCAGGAGGUAAAGACAUGGAGUACGGCGUGUCCAGGGGUAUUGACUUCCAGAACGUGUCGAACGUCGUUAACUUCGACCUCCCCGCCACCGUGGACUCCUACAUCCACCGUGUCGGCAGAACGGCCCGAGCGGACAACCCCGGCACGGCCCUCUCCUUCGUGUCCCACACAGAGCUCCCCCUGCUGGCCCAGAUCGAGGAUGCGCUCACGGGAGAAAACGCAGACACUGCCUUGAAACCGUACAGCUUUAAAAUGGAGCAGAUCGAAGGAUUCAGGUACAGGUGUCGGGACGCAAUGCGGUCAGUCACCAAACAGGCAGUGAAAGAGGCCCGGUUGAAGGAGAUCAAACAGGAGCUGCUUAAUUCAGAAAAACUCAAGACGUAUUUCGAGGACAACCCCCGCGACCUGCAGCUCCUGAGGCACGACCGCGACCUGCACCCCGCCGUCAUCAAGCCCCACCUGAAGAACGUUCCGGAAUACCUGGUCCCGUCGGCUCUUAAAGGCUUAACCAAUCCCAUCACCGGAAGGAAAAAGAGGUGGAGACCUUCAAAAGCUGCGCCGCCAGGUGUUGUGAAAAACAACUUCAAGCAUCAGCGCAGAGGCAGGAACCCCUUGAAGAGUUUCCGCUACACAGGGAAGAAGGGCGAGGGAAGGGCCAGCAAGCCUGGCCAGUCCUAACCCACUGCUCUCACCAUGGACCAAUCAAAGACUUUGUUGGAGCUAGGUGUCAUCCAGCACCGCCCACAUGGAUUGGCAUACAUGGCUCACACAUGCUGUGUCUCCUGUUUUGUCAUUUCAAGAAAACUCAGAAGUGCCAUCAGGCUGUGGAUUUUUCAGAGGGUUGGUCAGUUCAGAAAUAUCGGGAUCUUGGUAUAUACACACGUAACUGUUUGGAUAAAGGAAAUAUUCCGCAAGUAAUGUGGUUCAACUGACUGACUCUCAGAAACUUUAUGGGGAUGUCUGGUUUAAUACUGAAUUGGAUUGCUAUUUUAAAGAAUUUCAGUCACCUGUUUCACAGUUCUAACAUAUGCAAUCUCUUAACUGGCUGUGUGGUCAGUGGUAACAAUGUGAUCAAAGCUGUUGUUGAAAAGAGAAUUGCAUUUGGUCAGAACUGGAUGACGGAGCUGUAUUGGGUGCCCUCGCCCGACACAUGUCCACCCAUCUCUUCACUCGAGUAGAAUCCCGUUGCUGUUCCAAGCAUUGUGAUGUAAUGUGUUGAACUGAGCGACUGCAGCCUGCUCAGAGCACACAGCACAGUCUGUUCUCCCUCCUGCAGCCAGAAGGGGGCGACAUGCAUACCUUUUUGAAGUGUCCGGUUAUAUCUUGAGCUUAUGUAGAGGACUUUUUUUCUCUGUUAAAUAAAAAAAAAGUCUUUUUUU